AUGUUCUCCCGUCAAGUUAAAGAGAUCAUAUUUUUGGGAACAGGAACCUCCUCGGGCGUUCCAACGAUCUCUUGCCUUACCGCAACGGAACCAACUUGCAAAACCUGUCUAUCCACACUUAAGCCUGAAGGAGAGGUUAAUAUAAGAAGGAACACAAGUUUACUAAUUCGAAUCAAUCAUGAGGAUGGUGAAAUCAGAAAUAUUGUAAUCGACUGUGGGAAGACCUUUUACGCUUCGGCAUUGAAGUGGUGGCCUAUUCACAAGCUACGGAAAAUUGACGCAAUGAUACUAACCCAUCCCCAUGCUGAUGCAAUAAACGGACUGGAUGAUCUAAGAGCUUGGACAUUGAAUGAAGCCAUCCAAAACCAUAUUCCCAUUUAUCUGACAAAUGACACUAUGAAUGCCGUUAAAACAUUGUUUCCUUACUUGGUGGAUUCAAAGCAGGCGACUGGAGGAGGAGAUUUACCACAGUUUCGAUGGCAUCCGAUUGAUUUGGAUACGCCUUUUACGGUUGAGGGGCUCGAGUUCACUCCUUUACCAGUUCACCACGGUAUAUAUUUCACAACAAAGGAACCUUACAUUUACGUGGGCUUUCGAUUUGACAACAUUACUUAUAUUUCGGAUUGCAAUUACAUUCCCGAGGAAACGCUAGCUAAAAUUCACGGAAGCGAUAUUGUUGUCUUGGAUUCUUUGUGCCGAAAACAACAUUCAUCGCACUUUUCAAUAGACCAAGCAGUCACCACAGCAAGAAAUUUAGUUCCAAUACCAAAGCGGACUUAUCUUGUGGGAUUUUCUCACAAGAUAGAACAUUAUGAGUUAGUCAAAGAGUUUGAAGAAAUGCAAGAGAAAGAGCCAGAAUUAUGGAUUCGACCGGCGCGUGAUGGCCUAAAAGUCGACAUUGAAGCUCUGUCAAGGUCGAAUGGAUCCGCAUAA